AUGCCGGUCGUACGCAGAUUUUCCUUCUCGCUUCUGCUCGCUGGGCUGUCCAGCGCAAGAGUUAGCUGCUCUCCUACUGGUACUCAGCCGCUCGACCUGCCUCUGGCUCUGAGUGAGCUCGGCUUUUUGACACCCAUCUCCAUUGGCUCGCCUCCCCAGUCGGUGGUGUCGUUGAUGGACUGGACUUGGAUCAACCAGUUCACCCUCUCGACGCUAUGCUUGGGUAGCUCUCAUGACACCUCGGCCUGCCUUGUUGAUGGACAAGCUUUCUUCAACCAGUCCGAGUCGUCGACAUUUGUGAACCAGACAAGUCUGUAUCCUGCUCGAACGUGGAACCCAAAUGGCUUCUUCGGCCCACUCCCUCUCACUGUGCAGUUUGGAUCAGACAUUCAGCAUGUCGGACCCUUGUCUGCGCCGGUUACCUUUAUGUUGGCAGAUAUGCAGUUCCCGCAGCCUAGCUCUUUUCCAUUCACUGGCGUGUUUGGCUUGUCGCCUGUGUUCCAGACUGACAAUCAGUCGACUCAAUCGACAUUUUAUCAGUUCUGGAAGCAAGGGCUCCAUGCAAGUCCAACCGUCGCAUUUCUAUAUUGCUACAAUAGCACUUUCGGGAAUGCAGCCCCUGCAAGGUCUUUGUGCGCUGGCAAUGACGCUGUGCAGUCGCUUGGAGGUUAUCACUCCAACUGGAUCUCCGCUGGCAGCCUCCAGUGGUACGAUAGCAUCAUCUUCCCAUUGGUCAACACCAUCGACAUUGUCACAAGCCCCGAGAUCCUCAACUAUUGGGCCUUACCUGUCACGCAGCACUUGAUUGGGAACGAGGCACAGGCAAUCAACAAGACGGCAUCUGGGGCAGUCUUUGACUAUGCUAGCUUUGGUCGUGGCGCCCCCGUGUCCAUCAACAGCUAUACCAGGCUGAUUGAGCUCACGAGAGCCGGGCCCAUCACUCUUGAUCCCGCUCUGGCACCUAAUAAUGGGGCCCAGGCAUUCUACUCCGUGCCCUGCUCAAACGUCACGAAGCUGCCCCCGCUCAAGUACCAAUUUGGGGCGGGAACUCCCCAGUGGGAGAUCAUUCCCGAAAACUACGUCGAGAGGAUUGCCCUUUCCAGCAGCGAGACGGCCUGCGUACUGAACGUACGGACUUUGGGCGAUGGCGAUUGGGUUAUUGGCAAUUUGGGGGAGACGUUUGCCAAGGAUAAGGUGAUUCUCUUUGACUUUGACAAACUGCAAAUUGGCAUUGCCAAUGCUGUGAAGAAAUAA